AUGGAAAGAGACAAAAAUCACCCUGUUUCGAGAAACGCUUCAGAAGCUGAAAGUGUUUUUACAGAGAGAUCUGGAACCCUAUCUACAAGAAACGCUCCAAGGACUCGAAAAAGCCGAAAUGUUUCAACUCAAAUCCUCUCAUCCAUCCGACGUGUUUCCCAGCAAUCGAUCGAAUCAAUCAAAAGAGUCGCCAGAAAUGGCGAUUUCAUCACCAUCGUCUCUCUUGUCACAGCCGGGCAGGGGAAUGGAUUCUUUACGAUUCCUUGGGUCUGGGCGAACGGAUCGCUGGUGCCGUGUCUUUUGCUUGCUUUUUUGACGAUUUUUGCAUAUUCGUUUAUUGGAAUUACUGUUUUUGAGAUGAGCGAGAGACAUGUCGGCUUGAUUCCAAGUCUUGGAAAAGAUGAGCUGCCUGAUAUUUCAUUCAUAAUUGAUUACAAAUAUGGAAGAAAUGACGCUCUGACUUGUUGGCCUGCAGCAUUUUAUGUUUCUUCAUUCAUGCCUUUGCUCAUGUCAAUUCUCAAGGACGUUGAAAACAGAAAACACACCAGAAGAGACAUUGUUAUAUCUCAAAUUCUGAGUCAAAGUCUCAACAUUAUCGUCGGCUUGACAUUUCUCCUCACGUUUCCGGGCGAUAAAAGCGAAAUCUCUCAAAACUUUGUCGAAAAUUUCCGCGACUCAAAAGUCGCAACAAUUCUUUGCUUUGCGAUCAUCAAAGUCUUCGGCUACACCUACAUCGGAAUCACGAUAUUUUCCGAGAGCGAAAAAUGCGUCGGCUUGAUCCCCACGCUUGAAAAAGACGAGUUACCAGAACUGUCAAUGAUCGUCGAUUAUAAAUUUGGUCGCAACUGGGGACUUGUUUGCUUGAUUUUCGCAUUUCUGCAAGUUUUUGGUGCUUUGCUCGCAAGUUAUAUCAACUUAUCCAAUUCUCUAUAUUGGUUUGGCCUAGGAUGCUACGAGAUUGCUCAUGAAAAUGAAUUACAAAAUAUAUCCCAAAAUUUCUCUGUCGAAGAAUCUUUCUCUUCUUACUGGAGUCUCACUGGCACCAUUCCGCUAUUCUUGGUCGUCAUCAUUUUCAUCGUCAACGUAAAAUCGUCAAUUUUCUUCUCCAGAAUAGCAGCUAUUUUUGGACUUCCAAGCACAAUCAUCAUCUCCAUUAUUCUUUUUUGGAAAGCCUCCGAGUGGAAAGAAAUAAAUCAGAAGAUUCCUCCCUAUCCAGUCAUCAGUGGCGAUUUGACCUGCUUUCCCGCGAUUUUUUAUACUUUUAGUUAUAUGCCCCUGCUCAUGGCGGUUAUCAAAGACAACAAGAAUCGAGGACACACGAAGAAGGAUAUUUUCAUUUCUCAAAUUCUCUGUCAAAUUUUCAACGUCGUGAUUGGCCUGACUUUUGUUUGGACUUUUCCCGGCGAUAGAAGCAAAGUUUCCGAAAACUUUGUCGAGCAUAUUAGAGACUCAAAAGAAGCAACAUUGGUUUGCUUCGCGCUGAUGAUUUUUCGAUUCGUUGGUUCUUAUUCUUUGUGCUUUCAAGUUUGCCGGACGUUCAUUUCUGGAGCUGUUUUCAAGAAAGUCUUUCCUGGAUAUGCAUACAGCAUUUUCUUGUCAGUUUUCGUUAUCGGACUCUCCGUUCUCUGCGCAAUGUUUUACAACAAACCCGGCACCGUUUUGAGUAUUGUCGGGAGCAUCUGCGGCUUGUACUUUGCCUCAUUGAUCGGAAUUUUUGAUCUGAAACAAGCCGAAAAAUAUGCCGAUUCUCCUUGUGAAGCCGAAAAAUGCGUUGGUAAAAUUCCGACAAUCGGAAAAAAUGAAAUUCCUGAGCUUUCUCUUAUCGUCGAACACAAAUUCGGCAAAACAGCUGGAAUCGUCUGUGUGAUUGUAGGAAGCAUUUUGGUGCUCUUUUCGAUUUGCUCGAUUUAUUUGUUUAUCUGCCGAUCGCUUUAUUAUUUUGUCCUAUCCUCUUAUACGAUUCACUCGGCGAAGAACACAAGAAUGGUGACGAUUAUGGAAGACGACAACUCGACUUUUGCCGCCGGAAUUUCAAACGAUCAAUUCAAAGUUCCAGAGACCUUUCAUCCUUCUUGGGAUCUCAACUGGACCAUUCCUUUUUAUUGCAUUCUACUGAUAUUCCUCGUCAACAAGAAAUCAUCCGUCUUUUUCACCCGCCUCACCACCGUUUUUGGUCUCCCGAGCACGAUAAUUAUUUCGAUUAUUCUUUUCUGGAAAGCGUCUGUUUGGGGAAAACUCGGAUAUUUCGAUCUUUUUGAUGAAAACGAGCAAUCAUACUAUCCUUUGAUAAAAUGGACUUAUACUUGCUUCCCGGCGAUUUUUUACAAUUGCACUUAUAUGCCCAAUAUUUUAUCAGUGCUCAAGGACAACAAGAAUAGGAACCACACGAGAACUGACAUUGUUUUGUCACAAAUUCUUUGCCAAAGUACCAAUUUGAUCAUCGGACUGACCUUCAUUGCAACUUAUCCAGGCGACAAAAGCCGUGUCUAUCAAAAUUUUGUCGAACAUUUCGACUUCGACAAGCCAGAAUACUUGAUCUCCUGCAUUCUCAUCUUUUUUCGAGGAAUAGCCGGCUUUUGCCUGAAUUUUCAAACAUUUCGCUGCAUCCUGUCUUCGGCGAUUUUCAGGAGAUCCUUUCCCGGCUAUGGUUGGAGUGUUGUUAUGUCGAUUUUUGCCCUGGCCUGUUCUGUCUUAUGCGGCGUCUAUUAUAAUAACCCUGGCAAAUUGCUCGGAAUCGGUGGCAGUAUAACUGGCGUCUACUAUGCUUUUCUUGUGGCCUGGUUCGACCUGAAUCAGUACGGAUCUUUCCUCCUCGCUCCUUGGUAUGUUUAUCUACGAUCUGGAGCUCUGGCAAUUUUCAGUUUGGUCCUCCUUGUUUUCCAACUUCUUGUGACUUUUAUGCCGAACCAAUAUCAAUAA